AUGUUAUCAACUACGCAUACAGCCAUGGACCUUGCUCAAUGGUUACAAGACUUCGAGGUAGCAUAUCGAAAUUUAUAUGGAUUUAAGGCUCCGUUUCCCAGGCCACCAAUUGUUCAUUCAGAUGGAUCAUUAGUCUUUCAACUAGCUGCUAUGCGUUUUUUUAAUGCAACAAAUGAAGAUCUAAGUAAAACUGUAGUUCAUUCUUGUUUUGCACACUUCAGUAAAGGUGUAAAACGUCAAGCAACAAAAUUUUUCGCAAAGAAAAAGGUAGCAUUUGCUUUAUGGAUUAUGUCAUUAUUAGUGAAUUCAAAUACAGUUGAAAAAAUGGCUAGUAUGUGGGAACAUACUUGUACUGUUCUUCUUAGUCCUACACAAAAUACAGCAUAUUCUGUAUCUAUUUCUUGUUUAUCGUAUGCAGCUGAUAAUGUAAACAAUGAUCCUGACAAGGAUAAUUUUAUUAUUAGAAAUGUUAAAGUUGAUUCCAAAGGUGAAUAUCAAUAUUCAUCAACACUUGGUCAGAUUAUUGGCUCAAAUAUUGAUGACGAUGACACUGAAAAUAGCAUUAGUGAACAAAAUGCUUGUGAUGAAAGUGAGAGUCCUUUCCGUGACUAUUUUACCAGUGUAUUUAAUGAUCAAAAAACAAAAUGUGCAAUGUUUGCAAAUGAAAAUUUUCAAAAAUAUAAUGAAAAUCCAUAUUACAAUCCUGAUUAUUUAAAAUGUAUUCUCUCUUUAUACUUGUCUGUGGCACCCAUUUGGAGUAAUUUGCUGAUGGGAAACUUAGGACGUUAUGGUUAUCGCAAUUUUGAACCCAUUCAACAUUGUGGUUGUCACAACAGUAGAACUACGGGUAUAUCGGAAUCUCGACUAAAAGUAAUUAAACAUACAGUGCUUCAAGGCGAAGUAUCAUCUCGCAUUGAUCAAGUAGUUCAAAUACUUGGUUCUAAUAUUCGACAAGCUGAAAUAAACUAUUCCAACCAUUAUCUACUUAAUUUAACACGAAACAGGAGUAUGCGAGCGAAGAAACUACUAGCUGAAGAACCAUGGAAUAAACGUGGUCCACCAGCAGUUACUACUACAAGCAUUUAUUCUCAAAAACCGAAAGUAUCACUUGUUGCUCAAGUAAAAAAAGCUCUGAAAAUAAAAUCUAAAGCCGAUGAUGUAGUUGUUGUGUCUACAGGCAAAAACACAUUUCAAUUUAAACCUCAUCCAAUGCUUUCGCAAAUUCAACUGAGCUGGUUAAAUUCAUCAAUUCAACUAGUUUUAUCAAAUAGCUGUCUCAUUGAAACAUUGCUUAAUAAUUUUUGUUCCUCGUCAAAUGCACACAACUCAGCCAAUAAUCCAGUUACGAUUGUAUCUGAUAUAGAAACCAAUAAUACUACUCAUCUUAAUUUGUACCCGAAAGUUGAACAAAUCACAAUUCAAUAUUUAUGUGAUAUUUUUAAAUCACCGUGUACUAAACCUCUAGGAAUAACUAUUGGAGAUAAGUACAUUGGAGAUCUUCGUAAACAUGGUCCGAAAAUGUAUAUUGUCAACACACAAGAACAUAUACCAAUUAUUCAACCUAUAGGUCAAAUGUCAUCUGUUAAAGAUUAUUUGUCAAAUGUUCUUUUACAUGCAAUGCAUAACUUUAUUGAUGUACCAACAAUUUUUAACGAAUCAUGUACAUGCUCUCAAUGUCAUGUUGAAAAUGUAACAUUAACUGAACAACAAUCAUUUUUUAACAUUAUACACAACCAACUGUGA